GUGUUAAUGUACAGCACUUCGGUCGCCCAUGUGGUUUUUAAAAUGAGCUUUAGAAUUAAAGCUGAUUGAUUGAUUGUUUUGCUUGCAUAAAGAAAACAAUGUAAAGAAUUGCACAAUAACAUUGAUGUAGCACCCUUAGGCACAGUGUAUACAGCUUAUCUGCAAAAAAGUUGAUUUUGGGGUGAGCUAUACUUUCAGUAUAACAGAAUAUUGCAUCCAAGCAGCCCUUUCCAAAUCAAUAUAUUUUGCAGCACUGCAGUCACAAUAUGGACUGUUUUCACAUUUAAAAUGACGAAAUGCAAGUUUAAAAGUCAUUUAAAAGUAAUCUAAGGUUUUUAAAAAGUUUUAGGGAAUUUCUAAAUUAAACAACAUUGUCAGUUAGGGUUGCAUUUAACUGUACAGGGUGCUUUUUAACACCAAUAUGAGGGGAUUUUUCAAAAAUGUAUGAUAUUAAUGACCAAAUGGAGUUGAUACAGAACCUGUGUGUGUAUUUUUAGUGUCAGCAACUACAGGUUCUUUGACCCUGGGAACAAUAUCUGCUGCUUUCCAUAAACUAAAUCCUAAUAAUUGGAUCAAAAAUAUUCAGUGUAACUGAAUACAACUUUAAAUGAUUCAAAUCAUCACAAAGAUGUUCACUCUGUGAAGUAAUCACUAUGAUGCAACACAGAGACCCAAGUUCUAGAACACAUUCUGAAAGAGUGAACCUGGCUUGGAUCGGUUCAGUUUGACUGGACCUUCUCCACUGUUAUCACAAUUAAAACAUCCCUCGGACAAAAUGAAGAGGAUGUUUACCACCAGCUUUUUCCCAACAAAGGUCAGUUUUACUGAUUUACUGAAUGGUUUUCGGUAGAAUUUCUUUUUCGCCAAUGUUUUAGUUUUCACUAAGUUAAAACUCUGAAGAAAGAAAACGAUUUCAGCAUUUUUUGAUGAAUACUCAUAUGGCACUUAAACUCAUAAAUGAUUUGUAAAACAAUAUUGUUUUCAACAGAAAGGUGUUGAUAAACAAGUUGUGCUCAAUCAGACAAAGGACAAAACUCAGGAAAGGUAAGGAAGUAUUCUUUUUAAGUUUAGGCAGGAGAAAUCUGAAAACUCACUUUUGAAGGCCAUUGAACUUUAAACAUAUUUAAUCUUACAAUUUUUUAGUAUUUGCAAAUGCAAACAACUUUACUCAAUUUACCAUUCAGUAUCAGACAAAUCUCCUCUUUUCCUGUUUUAAAAUCUCUUGAAAACGCACAUUUAUCUCCUUGCUUUUAAUACAGUGAUCUUGUCGUGUAUGGCAUUUUAAAAUAUUCUUGCCGUGAAUCUGUUUUUUUUUUAGUUUUUGAUGUUGUGUGUAUGUUUUACAUGUUUUUAACUUCUUUUUUAACCUUUUCUUGUUUUAAUGUACAGCAAUUUGAUCGCCCAUGUGGUUUUUAAAAUGUCCUUUAGAAAUAAAGCUGAUUGAUUGAUUGUUUUGCUUGCAUAAAGAAAAAAUAAAAAUGUGCUAACUUUAAAAUCUAAUAUUUGAAAAAGUAUGUAUGUGUCUGAAUAAAGAUGACCAAAGACUGCAAAUCUUAGGAAUAUAUUUUUUCUGGAUAUUUUAUUUAAAAUUUCAUGCUAAAACUAUUUUCUUUAUUUCUUUCUCAGCAGAAUCCCAGAGAACAACGAUGCCGCCAUGGCUUCGGUCUCAGCAAUAUCAGCUGAGGCUGGAAAAAACACAAAACUGAGAAAAUCAAAGAAAUCUUUUUUUAGUUUCUCUCAGGUAUAUUUUAACCAGUGUUAGAUCUCAUUUUAUUUUUCUGUACAUUUAAAUCUAGAUGAUCGGUUUUUAAAGGAGUCUUUAAUGAACAGUUUUAAUUUAAUCCAAUAGAAAAGAUAUACUGAAAAGCAAACCCCCACUCCUCAGAAAAGGUACAACACUUUUUCCUGAAUGUAAUAACUUUCAAUCUCCAUUAUUUUAUCUUUCACAAAUUUUUUUUCAGAAAAAAUCUUGAAAAUUAUCAAACAUGCCCAUCAUCUAUUGUUCACCCAAGCUAGACUUCUAAAAUAAUGAAAUAACAUGUUUCUCUUUCUGUCUACACCAUUUCAAGUGUUCAAACACCAGAGGAUGAGAAUAUACCAAGUGGGUGUUGGCCCUUCAAAUUCUUCAGGGUAUGUUUCACAGACACAAAUAAAGUGUUUAAAUAAUUGCUAAAUAGGGUUAAAUACAGGCACAGUGAUAUAGGUUUAUCCCACAAAAAUAGAAUAUUAAAUCUUUAAUUGCCUUCAGUCACGAUUAACAAAGUGAAACACAUUUAUUGCAGUAAUUCCUUACAAAAAGAGGGAUUUAUUUCAAGCCUUUUUUUGUUAAUGUGGAUGACAAUGACUUACAUAUAAUGAAAACCAGAAAUUAAGAUCCUUACAUAAUUUAAGUAUUACUUAUGACUAAGAAAGGGAUAUUUGAAUACAGAAAUAUUUUAUGGCUUAUGUAAAUAAUCUUUCUUACUUGAUUGUUGUUUCAUCGACAGCUUUCACAUAUAGAGUAAAUCACAAAAGGUCAUUGGUGAAGAAUGUUCUCAGAUUGAUGUAUCUCAACAUAAUCUAUAGAAAAUUGGGUGGAAGGAAAAACUGUAUUACAAUGAGGUGCACAAGCAACAGUACAGCUGAUAUUCUCGAUGCCACAGCUCCAACUCCAACUGUUUAAAGCAUGUGCUGUUCAAUACAUAGACUAACUUUUCAGAAGGCUGACUUUUAUUUGUUAAAAAUCUAAAAUAAAUAACAUUUUCAAUGAUAUUCUCAUUUAUUGAGAUGCACAGAGACAGCUGAGUUAAGCAAUGAUUGCACCUUUUCUGUAUUAAAUGAUGAUGAUUUGUCUCCAACAGAGAAAACAUCAGGUCACUCCAAUUUCAUUAGAAGAUCCAGACAAGACUACUCCAACAAGGUAAUGAUGUUAUUUGUUGUUCAUUUCACUUUUAUUUUGUCUUCAUACCGUAAUGAAAAUCAUAUCACAAGACAAAGACCUCUGCCUUUAGCUCCAGUCCAGACAAACCAACAGAUGAGCAUCUGCUGAAACUUUUCUCCACAUUCUCAGACCGGAGCAAGCCAAGUCAAGACACCGGACCCGGGUCUAUCUUAGACAGCAGCUUUGUGUAAAACCACCUUAGAUCUCAUUGGCUAUUCUAUAUUUAUGUGGAUGUUAAGUUAUGUAAGUUCAGUCCAUUUAAGAGUAUUGUCUUACUUAUGUUGACAACAUGAUAUAACAAUGAAGUUGAUGCCCAUUUCCCUUGUCUACAAGCAGCUGUCAAAGAACUACUAAGAGGAAAUACGACAGGAAGUGGUCGUCUCUGGUUUUGAGCAGAUUUUAGGAACAGCGUCUAUGCGAAUCAGGUUAGAUAUACACCAGAGACUCAAAUAAGCUCUGUGAGUCGUUUUGGAUCUUACUAAUAAUGUUUUCUGCUUCCAGUGGCAGUUCAGAUGACAUAACAGGGCUUGAUAUGUGGAGACUUUCUACUUUAUCCUCAGAGGGGGAUGAAACAGCUAAAGACACAGAUGCUAUAAAUGUUCAACAGUACCUAAUGAGAAUAGAGGAGCACCCUGACCUGAUUGAGGACUUAUUCCAGAAUUCACUCUCCUUUAUCAAAAUUAGAAGGAGCAAUCAAACGCCGUACGAAAGCAAUUGGAAUAGGAACACCACCAAUCCCAGAGGGUUCCCAAACAUUGGGAACACCUGUUAUAUGAACUCAACCCUGCAGAGCCUCUUGAGCUUGGAAGAUUUUUUCAUGACCAUCAAUUGUAUGGAGCCGGUCUGGAAUUCACUUCCUGGGGCUCAGCUUCUAUGUAAACUAGCAGAGAUUGCAGACAGUCACACCUCGAUAGAAUCAAAAGUGAAGAUCUCCCUCCUGAAAUCUUUUAAGAAGGUGGUGUCUGAUCUGGCUACGGAGGUUAGUAAUGGUUUGCAAAGCGUAAGUCAGGUCUACCUGUUCAGGAGACAAGUAAACACUGAAGUUAAACAAGCAGCAGCAAGGUGUUUUUCUUUAGUAGCAGAUUAGCAGUGCAGCAAAAGCUCGCCUUUACAGGAAGUUAGAUAUGUAUCAAUUUGAAACACUUUAAUUCAAAAGUAGGACCAUGACAAAUUAUUUACAGAGGUAUUUACAGUAUUUUACAUUUACUCAUUCUGUUACUGUUUAUCGUCACGGAGGACCGAGAGGCUGAUUCAAGGAGCAGUUUUGAUUUUAUAGUUCAAAUGUUACUUGACAGCCAAGCUACAUGUCAAUUAAA